ACACUUCCUCUUUAAAACGGGCACAGAAACAACCCCUUUCUUUAGCACAGCAACCCCAGGUUACACCAUGGCAACAGGGGCAGCGUACUCCACACCGGCACGUCCCCUACCCAGAAACACCCUCUCUGGAGGAGCUUUCAAGUUUAAAAAAUCCCCCAAGCACUGUUCCUGGAGGUGCACCGCCCUGAGUGCAGUGGGCGUGGCUGUCCUGCUGUCAAUCAUCCUCUGCUAUUGUAUAGCAAUGCACUUUUUCGGCCUCAACUGGCAACUUCAAGAAACAGAAAACCAACCCGCGUUUGAGAACGGAGAGGUGAAGGCUUUGCCCACUCAACCGAGCAUACUGACAGUACUCUCAGCUGACUAUGGCAGGAAUGGUGCGGCCCAUCAGGAAAACAGCUCCAUUGACACCGGGCAAGUGGAGGUGGGCAGGAGGGUCGGUCAGGGAAUACCGCCAGGGGUGUUCUGGCGCUCUCGGCUAGCUAUGGAACAGCCGCGCUUCCUCAAGUUCAACAUCUCUGUUCAGAAGAACGCACUGGUUGGGGUCUACGGGAGGAAGGGUAUCCCACCAUCUCACACACAGUAUGACUUUGUGGAGCUGCUGGAUGGCAGCAGACUCAUCGCCAAAGAGAGGCGGGCUUCCACGGAGCCGGAAGCCAGGGGGCAGAUGGAGCACCAGGUCAGCCUUCACCAAGCUGGCUUCAUCCAGUACCUGGACUCUGGGGUGUGGCAUCUGGCCUUCUACAAUGAUGGGAAGAGCCCGGAGACAGUAUCAUACAACACCAUCAUCCUAGAGUCAGUUAUGGAGUGCUCACACAACUGUUAUGGAAACGGUGAAUGUGUGUCGGGCUCAUGUCACUGUUUCCCAAGGUUCAGUGGACCAUACUGCUCAAGAGCUGCCUGUCCCAUCCUAUGCAGUGGCAACGGCCAGUACACAAGGGGGCGCUGUCAAUGCUACAGUGGAUGGAAGGGCACAGAGUGUGAUGUGCCUGCUACUCAGUGUGUGGACCCCCAAUGUGGCGGUCAUGGGAUCUGCAUGACGGGUAACUGUGUGUGCAAUGCCGGCCACAAGGGAAGCAACUGUCACCAAGUGGACUGUCUGGACCCGACCUGCUCGGGCCACGGAGCCUGCCACCACGGUGAAUGCCACUGUAACCCGGGCUGGGGCGGAAUGGACUGUGCAAUCCUGAGAAGCACGUGUCCUGAACAGUGCUCCAGCCACGGAACUUUCCACACCGAGACGGGAACCUGCAUCUGUGAGGCUAACUGGACAGGCUCCGACUGCUCUGUAGAGAUGUGCACGGUGGACUGCAGCCCCCACGGAGCAUGUGUCAGUGGGACGUGUCACUGUGAGGAAGGAUCGGCAGGCUCAGAGUGCAACCAGAGAGACUGUCACCAACGCUGUACAGAUCAUGGCGUCUGCCGAGAGGGCAAAUGUGACUGUCACCAGGGCUGGACAGGAGAGCACUGCACUAUUGAUGGGUGCCCUGGGCUGUGCAACAGCAACGGGAGGUGCAUUCUGGACCAAGCCGGGUGGCGCUGCAUCUGCCAAUCAGGAUGGAGAGGGCUAGGAUGUGAUGUUGCCACGGAGACCUUCUGCUCAGAUGGAAAGGACAACGAGAGGGAUGGACUAGUGGACUGCAUGGACCCAGACUGCUGUUCGCAGAGCUCCUGCCAGGGCCAGCCCUACUGCCGCGGAUCCCCAGAUCCCACAAGCAUCGUGAGCCAAGGUCAAGGCUCCUCCUCCACUCAGUCGGCCCUCAGAGGCUUCUACGAGCGCAUCAGCUUCCUGGUUGGGCAUGGCGGUAGUCACGUGAUACCUGGGGACAACCCUUUCAACAGCAGCCUGGCGUCAAUUAUCCGGGGUCAAGUACUGACGGGAGACGGGACGCCCCUCAUCGGCGUCAACGUGUCCUUCCGGGACUACCCUGAUUAUGGCUACACCGUGACACGCCAGGACGGGAUGUUUGACUUGUUGGCCAAUGGUGGUGCCUCGCUGACCCUGAGUUUGAAGCGUGAUCCUUUUCCCACACUGCACCGCACUGUUUGGUUGCCCUGGAAGGUGUUCCAUGUGAUGGACACGGUGAUGAUGAAGAGGGAGAACAACAACAUCCCCAGCUGUCACCUCAUUGGACUGCUCAGGCCCAGCCCCCUCAUCCUGGCCUCCCCCCUGUCCACCUUCUACAGGAGUUCUCCCAAGGACAGCCCCAUCAUCCCUGAGACCCAGGUCCUCCAUGAGGAGGUGGCCAUACCCGGAAGUGACCUCAAUCUGGUUUACUUGAGCUCCCGCACAUCCGGCUACAAGCCCAUCCUCAAAGUCCUCAUGACCCAAGAACGACUCCCGUUCGGACUAAUGAAGGUCCAUCUGAAGGUUGCUGUCAUGGGCAGAUUGUUCCAGAAAUCGUUACCUGCCUUUCCAGACCUUUCGUACACAUUCGUCUGGGACAAGACAGACGCCUACAACCAGAAGGUCUAUGGCUUGUCAGAGGCUAUAGUGUCUGUGGGAUAUGAGUAUGAAUCUUGCCUGGAUGUGAUCCUCUGGGAGAAGAGGACAGCCAUUUUACAAGGUUAUGAACUGGAUGCCUCUAACAUGGGGGGAUGGAUGUUGGACAAGCACCAUGUAUUGGACAUUCAAAAUGGUAUCCUCUACAAAGGCAGCGGUGAGAACCAGUUCAUCUCGCUGCAGCCGCCCGUCAUCUAUACAGUGAUGGGGAACGGUCGGCGCCGUAGCAUCUCGUGCCCCAGCUGCAACGGCCAGGCCUUGGGCAACAAGCUAUUGGCGCCCCUGGCCCUGGCGUGGGGCAUCGACGGCAGCCUUUACGUGGGCGAUUUCAACUACAUCCGACGCGUCUACCCGUCGGGCAACGUCACCAGCGUCAUGGAGCUCAGUAACAACCCUGCUCACCGCUAUUACCUGGCCACUGACCCGGUGACUGGGCAGCUGUAUGUGUCAGACACCUACUCACGGAGGAUCUACCGGCCCAAGGUCCUGACGGGGAUCAAGGAACUUCAGAGUAACGCGGAGGUGGUGGCAGGGACCGGGGAGCACUGUCUGCCAUUUGACGAGACCCACUGUGGGGAUGGGGCCAAGGCCACGGAGGCCCUGCUCACUGGGCCAAAAGGUAUCGCUGUGGACAAGAAUGGACUGAUAUACUUUGUGGACGGCACCACAAUCCGGAGAGUUGACCAACACGGCAUCAUAUCCACCCUCCUGGGCUCCAACGACCUCACGUCGGCACGCCCCCUUACCUGUGACAUCAGCAUGGAAAUCAAUCAGGUGCUCCUGGAGUGGCCCACCGACCUAGCGGUCAGCCCAAUGGAUAACUCCUUGUACAUCCUGGACAACAAUGUGGUCCUACGAAUCACUGAGAACGGCCAGGUCAGCAUUGCAGCGGGCCGGCCCACCCACUGCCCGUUGGCUGGGAUGGACCGCGGGGCAGCCGGAGGUCAAAGGGCAGCGCUGACGCCCCUGGAGUCCGCCGUUGCCAUCGCCGUGUCCUACUACGGUGUCAUUUUCGUCGCCGAAACCGACGAACGGAAGCUUAGUCGAAUCCGAACGAUAUCCAUCGACGGUGAAAUAACCCAUCUGGCAGGGUCGCCCUCUGACUGUGAUUGUAAGAACGACGUCAACUGCGACUGCUACCAGACCGGCGAGGGCUACGCUAAAGACGCUCGUCUCAACGUCCCAUCCUCUCUGGUUGUGGCGCCUGAUGGCACCCUGUACGUGGCAGACCUGGGCAACAUCCGCAUCCGGGCUGUCGGUAGGAAUGGACCCGUGUUGACCUCUAACACCAACACCUUUGAGGUGGCGUCGCCUGAUGCCCAGGAAGUGUAUGUCUUUGACGCUAAUGGUACCCACCAACACACCUCCAGCCUCCUGACGGGUGACUUUAAGUACACCUUCAGCUACAGCAUCGAGAACGACGUUACAGCUGUGACCGAUAGCAACGGGAACACCCUGAGGAUCCGCCGAGACCCCAACCGCAUGCCCGUGCGCAUAGUCGCCCCGGACAACCAGGUCAUCUGGCUGAUCAUGGGAACCAACGGUGGGCUAAAGACCUUGACUGCUCAGGGCCAGGAACUGGUGCUACUCACCUACCAUGGUAACACUGGCCUACUGGCUACCAAGACCUCUGAAAUUGGCUGGACCACAUUCUACGAGUAUGACAGCGAAGGCAGGAUAAUGAACGUGACAUUCCCCACGGGAACAGUGAAAACCCUGUACACCGAAAUCUACAAGGCCUUGACUGUGGACAUUGAGAGCUCCUUGACUGAAGAGGAAAUUAGUAUUACCACCAAUACCUCCACCAUCCGUGCCUUCUAUACACUGGCUCAGGAUCAAUGUAGAAGCAGUUAUCAGGUGGGCUAUGAUAACUCUCUGAGGAUCACCUAUGCCAACGGAAUGGACACCCACUACCAGACUGAGCCCCACAUCCUGGCGGGCACUGCCAACCCCACAGUGGCACGGCGCAACAUGAGUUUGCCAGGGGAGAGUGGGCAGAACCUGGUUGAGUGGCGCUUCCGCAAGGAGCAGGCCAGGGGCAAAGUCAUCGUUUUUGGGCGCAAGCUAAGGGUGAACGGCCGGAACAUUCUGUCGGUUGAUUACGACCGUACGCUGAGGACGGAGAAGAUAUAUGACGACCACAGGAAGUUCCUGCUGAAGAUUAUCUAUGAUGCCACUGGCCACCCUGUGCUGUGGGUGCCCAGCAGUAAGAUGCUGCCCGUGAACGUCAGCCUGAGCAGCAAUGGACAGAUCAAUGCCCUCCAGAGGGGGCCGACCACGGAGCGGUUGGAGUACGACAGUCAGGGACGCCUCGUGUCCAGAGUGUUUGCUGACGGGAAGAGGUGGAGUUACACAUAUCUGGACAAGUCGAUGGUGCUCCUGCUCCACAGCCAGCGUCAGUACAUCUUUGACUUUGACUCUCAGGAUCGGCUAUCUGCAGUCACCAUGCCCAGUGUGGCACGCUACACCAUGCAGACGGUCCGCUCGGUGGGCUACUACCGCAACCUCUUUCACCCACCCGACAGCAAUGCCUCUGUUGCUGUGGACUACAGCGAGGACGGCCUCCUCCAGCGAGUGGCGCACUUGGGCACGGGACGCCAGGUCCUCUACAAGUAUCGGCGACAGAACAAGCUAGCUGAAGUCCUGUAUGACAUCACACGGGUCAGCUUCACCUAUGACGAGAUGGCGGGCGUGCUAAAGACGGUCAACCUGCAGAACGAGGGUUUUAUAUGUUCGAUCCGCUAUCGUCAAGUGGGCCCCUUGGUGGACCGGCAGAUCUUCCGCUUCAGCGAGGACGGCAUGGUCAACGCCCGCUUCGACUACACCUAUGACAGCAGCCUGCGCAUUACUAGCGUGCAGGGUGUCAUCAAUGAGACCCCACUGCCCAUCGACCUCUACCAGUUCGACGACAUAUCCGGCAAAGUCGAGCAGUUCGGCAAGUUCGGCGUCAUCUACUAUGACAUCAACCAGAUCAUUUCCACGGCUGUUAUGACCUACACAAAGCACUUUGACGCCCACGGACGGAUCAAGGAGAUUCAGUACGAGAUCUUCCGAUCCCUCAUGUACUGGAUCACUUUCCAGUACGACGACGUGGGGCGAUGUACCAAGAGGGAGAUCAAGAUUGGACCGUUUGCCAACACCACCAAGUACGGCUACGAGUAUGAUGUGGAUGGCCAGCUCCAGACAGUCUACCUCAAUGACAAGGUCAUGUGGCGCUACACCUAUGACCUGAAUGGCAACCUCCACCUACUGAACCCAGGUAACGGUGCCCGCCUGCUCCCCCUGCGCUACGAUCUCCGCGACCGCAUCACCCGCCUGGGAGACGUACAGUACCGCAUGGACGAGGAUGGCUUCCUCCGCCAGCGAGGCUCUGAGAUCUUUGAGUACAACUCCAAAGGACUCCUGGCGCGCGUCUAUAGCAAGAGCAACAGCUGGAUCAUCCAGUACCGCUACGACGGCCUGGGCCGAAGGGUGUCCACCAAGGCCAGCCUAGGGCAGCACCUGCAAUACUUCUACGCAGACCUGAGCUACCCCAGCAGAAUCACCCACGUCUACAAUCACUCCAGCUCUGAGAUCACCUCAAUGUACUAUGACCUGCAGGGCCACCUGUUUGCCCAGGAGAUCAGCAGCGGAGAGGAGUACUACAUCGCCUGUGACAACACCGGAACCCCUCUUGCCGUAUUCACCAGCAACGGCCUCCUGAUCAAGCAGGUCCAGUACACGGCGUACGGGGAGAUCUACUUUGACUCCAACCCGGACUUUCAACUGUUGCUGGGGUUCCACGGGGGACUCUAUGAUCCGCUGACCAAAUUGUUGCAUUUUGGUGAGAGGGACUAUGACAUUAUGCCCGGCAGGUGGACUGUGCCUGACAUCAGCACGUGGAAACGAGUGGGGAAAGAGCCAGGUCCUUUUAAUCUCUAUAUGUUCAGAAACAACAACCCCAUCAGCAAAGUACAUGAAGUGAGAGAAUAUGUGGCAGAUGUGAAUAGCUGGCUAGUGACCUUUGGGUUCCAUCUACACAACACCAUUCCUGGCUUCCCAGUCCCAAAGUUUGACCUGACCCACCCCUCCUAUGAACUGAAGAAGAGCCAGCUUUGGGACGAUCUACCGUCCAUCUCUGGGGUCCAGCAGGAAGUUACCAGACAAGCGCAUGCCCUCCUGUCAUUUGAGCGGCUGCCAGAGGUCCAUGCGGGCCGAGGCCGUCGAGGUGAGAAGCCCUGGUUCUGGUUUUCAGCCGCCCAGUCCCCUAUCGGGAGGGCUGUCAUGUUCUCCAUCUACAAGGGCACUGCCCACACUCACACGCUCAAUGUGGCCAACGAGGACUGCAUCAAGGUGGCCACAGUCCUCAACAAUGCCUUCUACCUGGAAAACCUGCACUUCACCGUGGAAGGCCGUGACACUCACUACUUCGUCAAGCCGGGCCUGCCUGACGGUGAUCUUGCUGCGCUGCGCCUCACCAGCGGCCAUAAGACCCUGGAGAAUGGCGUCAACGUCAGCGUGUCCCAGUCCACCACGGUCAUGGACAGCCGGACGCGUCGCUUCGCAGACGUGGAGUUGGGUCGUGGGCCACUAGCGCUGCACGUGCGCUAUGGCUCCACGGUGGAUGAGGAAAAGGCCCGCGUGCUUGAGUUGACCCGCCAGAGGGCCUUAGUGAGUGCCUGGGCCAACGAACAGCAGAGGGUGGGCGACGGCGAGGAGGGCGUCCGCCCAUGGACGGAGGGAGAGAAGAGGCAGCUUCUGAGCAGUGGGAAAGUGCAGGGGUACGACGGGUAUUACGUACUUUCCAUCGAGCUAUACCCGGAGUUAGCGGACAGUGCGAAAAACAUUCAGUUCCUACGGCAAAGUGAAAUAGGGAAAAGGUAACAAACUGCUGUGCACUCGCUGCCAAAAAUACGUUGAACGUCCUGCUUCAAUAGAGGAGUGGUGAUGGUAGGAACGAAAGCAACAAUAGUGGCAUGGCCAAAGAGCACUAUGGCUAUGUCCGAGUAAGUGUGUGUUUUUGAAAAAUCAUAUGGGAUCCAAAGCAAUGCUGUGCAAUGCUGUUUAACAGGGGACUACUACAGAGUAAAUGUACAACUACGCCAAGCCUUAUAUGGGCAGUGACAAAAUGUACCUCUGUAGCACAAUUUCUGAUUGGACUAUGAGCUCUCAACCAGGAGCCAGGAGAAAUAGAGGUGUUUUGGGCAAAAGUUAAAUACUAUUAUUUAAAUUUUUGUAUUUACAAAAUGUUGUCUGCUUAAAAUUAAAAGAAAGUAUUUAAAGGUGAAAUUAAAUGUUUACAUACAGUGCACAUAUCUGGAAAUGUCCAUUACCAGAUGUUUGUCUUAAAGUAACUGUCCAGUACAAAUCCCACUUUUAAAAUGCAUAUUCUGUUAACUCAUACCCAAAUAAUGUUCUUGACUCGUCCUAUAUUAGUAUUUGUGCCGAAAGCAUAAAUUAGAGAAAAAACACUUAAAAACCCCACCUCGAACUUGUAUCUCAAACAGACCGUUUACAAAAUACUUACUAUUUCCUCAUAGAGUAUGGUGUCAGCGGUCUAGAGGAGAAUGAGCUACUCGCAUGAAUGUUUUUAAUGACUUGUAUAUGCCCACACCAUUUUGUUGCAGUAUGCCUACACCAUUCCAACACAGAAAAACUGCUUUUUAACAUAUUGUAAGUCGUAUAGGUCAUAUUUCAUAAAAAUCUGGAUAAAAAAUAAAUACAUAUUAUUCAAGCUUUAUUUAACUAGGCAAGUCAGUUAAUAACAAAUUCUUAUUUACAAUGAUAGCCUACUGGAAACAAUGGACAUUUACUUUAAAUCAAUGACCUUUCAUUUUGCGGUUCCUCUCACUCAUGACCAUCACACCUACAGUACAUGCCGGAAUUGAGAAGCAAUGCUUUUGAUAAACUCAUGCCUAUUCCCCUUUGGUUGACUUUUUUUUAAAGACAUCGUAACCACUUACAUGUUUUAAUACACAAAAUAUUUGUUUUGCGAAUCAGACUUUGUCUUGGUUUUGGGAUCAGGGCAAAAGGUAUGAAGUAAGUACAAGACUGGAUCAGAUACGAGUCUCGUCUGAGCACAGUAACACCGUGUUUAGUCAAUUCUGCAAUAAUUGUAUUGUUUUGUAUUCAGUAGUUAGGUUUCCAUCCAAUUGGCAACAGAUUUUCAUGCGAAUAUUCCAAAAUCUGCAUAAAGCAAAUUUUCUCACCAGUGGUGUUUUUCCACCAAGAUGACUUGUUGAGGAUAAAAAAUCUGUGCGCGAUGACGUAGUGCACAUAAUGUACUUUUUCGCUUAAGUUUUCAUGUACCAAAUAAAAAUAUGUUGUUCAAUGUGUUUCCAUCGCAUUUUGUCACAAACUGUUGCGUUAAAUAGCAAAUGAGCCCACUCUGGUCUUGGCAAGUAGUAGGCUCUGUAGGUAGUUUAGUCUACAUGAUGAGAUUAUUUUGGGUAAGAGCAAGAAUAUCUUUAUUUGUCAAAUGGCAGUCAAGCAUCGAUCAUCAUCACUCCAUCUAUUGGAAAGGAGUGUCAAGCUCAUAACGUGCACUUUCACGACCAUGUGAAGUUCAUCGUUAUUUAUUUCAUAUGUAGCCUAAUAAACUGCAGGGUUUCCCAAGUCGUAAUGGAAGGACCACACACCAUUGCAUUGUUUGACUCCAAGUUUACUUCAUUGUGACUGUUAUUAUAUCAAUAUUUGUGCAUAUUUCCACUGCCACUUCUCACAUAAUUAAUUUUAACGACAAAUGUCGAACCAACAAUUAUCAG